AUCCAAUUCAUUGGUUCUCGAUCCGAAUCAGAAAGCAGAGGCCGCAGACGAGACGAGGGACGGAAGAAAGGGGGCAGAGGGAAGACGAGACGGCGGGAAGGUGUGUAUCAGGUAGGACCGUAGGAGGAGGAGGGAGCCCGGAAGGUGAAAAGGAGAAACCCCUUGCUAAGGAGGACGAAGGGUUUAGGGAGAAGAGAGGAAGAGGGCGGAGAUGGCGUCUUCUUCUCUGGACCUGACGCCGCUGAAGGACGCUGUUUCCUCCAGGUCUUACGAUAAGAUCGCGGACAUCUGCGACGAGCUACGCCUCCAGGUCGCUUCCCAAGGUAUCUCCUAUGUGGAUGAGUGGCCUUAUGCUAUUCAUCUCCUGGGUUACAUGCUGGUGCAGGAUAUGAAUAGUGCCAGAUUUCUAUGGAAAUGUAUCCCAAACUCAACUAAGGAAGGCCAGCCUGAGCUUGUCGCUGUCUGGGCAAUCGGCCAGCGUCUUUGGACUCGUGAUUAUGCUGGCGUGUACGAAGCCUUUCAUGGUUUUGAUUGGAGCCCAGACAUUCAGGCCCUUGUAUCCACAUUGACAGAGAGGUACAGGAACAGGAUAUUUCAGCUACUCUUGAAUGCUUAUUCGACCAUAAGUGUUGCUGAUACAGCUCGGUUUCUUGGGUUGAGUGAAGACGACGCCACAAAAUAUGCUCUGAAACAUGGCUGGAGUAUAGACCCAACUCUGCAGAUGCUUACAGUGAAGAAAAUGCCGGUGGUCAGUGAGCAGAAACUGGAUCCUGGUAAACUGCAGAGUUUGACGGAGUAUGUUUUCCACCUGGAGCACUGACUUCCUGGAUGUUUCAGUUGGGGUCAAAACAUUACGGUGUGAAACUUGGACCGGGAUAUUGUUGAGAAGAGUUGGUUUUCUGCUUACGAUUUUAUGCGCGUGUACCAAGUCUGUUUUUAUUAUUUUCGCAACUUGAUUUUCCUCACUUCCUCUUUAAUGAAUUGACGACAUUGGUUCUUACGAAAAGAGGGGAUGGGAGAGAGAUUA